UCUGGGGGCCUGAGAAGAUUAGAACAUCUUUCCAUAGCGAAUAAUGGAAUAAAUUUUAUUAGCGAAACAGCAUUCAACCACACGGUUAAGCUUCGAUAUUUAAAUAUUUCUGGUAAUGCUUUGACAGCGUUAAGUCCUGAAUUAUUUAAACCUUUAACCUCUUUGGAAGUUCUUAUAUUGGAUAAUAAUAACUUUAAUGAUAUCCCACUAAUAAUAUCGAACAUAUCAACGUUGUCGAUGAAUUGUAACAAUAUAACUUAUUUAAAGCCAAGCUCGUUGGACGUGUUGCUUCAUCUGAGAAAGUUGUCUUUAGCCGGAAACAAGAUUUCGAACAUUUACCCUGGAACGUUUAAAUCUCAAGUGCUGUUAAAGGAAUUAUAUUUAAACGAUAACGAGCUGACUCACUUGUCAAGAAGCUGGUAUCAAUCUAUGAUGAAACUUCGAUAUUUGAAUUUAUCGGGCAAUAAAUUUACUUCGAUUGAAUCUGUUCUUGAUUUGGCUAACGUCGCUUUGAAAGAGGUUCACCUGGCCGGUAACCCUAUAACGUUCAUCGAAACAGGUAGACUGAAAACAGUAGCACAAAAUUUGACGAUUUAUCUGAACAUGAACGAGACACGACCGACGAGCUUCUGUAGACGCUCAUAUUCAGAAUUAUCGUUACAAAGUGGCAUACCAGCAUAUUGAAUUUUGAAAAAACAUGUAUAGAACAAUAUUAUG